AUGGUAAGAAAUUUUGGCAACAAAGUUGAGUCCAAAAAACGCUUAAAUCGCAUAAAAACUUCUUCUAAAUUACAAAAGUCUAACAAAAAUGAUAAACAACGUCAAAAUUUGGCUCAGACUAUCGAAAACGAUAGGAAGGUUAAAUUUUCCAAGUCAGUAAAACGAAAAGACUUUGAGUCUGUCGAUAGUUCGGAGGAAGCUGAUGAAUUAGAUGUGAAUUUUGAUACUUUAUCCGGUGAAGUUGACAAACAAAUAUCGGACCUAAUUUCCCAUGCGACUUUGGGUUUAUCUGAUGAAGAAGGGGAGUUGAUUGAGGGAAAAAAUUCACUUGGCGACGAUGCACUGAUCAAAAAUUUGAACAUACAAAACCACUCAGACCAAGAUAAAAUUGAUGGAUUCACUGAUGAUGUUGAUUUGACCAAUAAAAUAUUACAUAAUUUGAGAGAAAAAUCUAAGGAAUUAACUAUUACUAGUGAUAAAUCAAACAAAGUUCAUUUGAUGUACAGUGAAAUUGCACAAUAUAUGAAAUCGUACAAGAGCGGGAAGUUGCCUAAAGCGAUGAGAAUGUUACCUAAACUUGAAAACUGGGAAGAAUUAUUACAACUCACACAACCCAGAGAGUGGUCUAACAACGCAGUUUUGCAGACUAUUAAAACUUUUGUUGGGGUAUUUUCGGAUAAACAAGCCAUUAAAUAUUUCACAACAGUCCUCUUACCGGCAGUAAGACUCGAUAUUUUGCAACACAACACAUUGAACUGCCACUUAUACAUGGCCUUAAAGAAGGCUAUAUACAGGCCAGGUGCUUGGAUCAAGUCCAUUCUAUUACCCUUGUGCAAAGAUGGUUGCACAUACAAGGAAGCUUCUAUUAUUGGAAGUGUACUUAGGAGGGUAUCAAUUCCUGUAAUGUAUGCAGCAGCUGCUUUAGUUUGUAUCUGUAACUGUUCUAAUUGGUAUGGAAGCACUAGUUAUUUACUCACCGUUUUAUUGGGGAAGAAGUUUGCUUUGCCUAAACAGGCUAUAGAGGCUUGCGUUUCAUACUUUGCCUCAUUCUCCACUAGAAAUGAGCAAAUGCCCGUUAUUUGGCAUCAAUCUCUACUUACAUUGGUCAUGGGCUACAAGGAUUCUAUGACCCAAGCCCAAAUUAAUAGGCUAGAAUCGCUAUGUAAGUACCAGAUGCACCAUAUUAUCACCCCUCAAAUUCUAUCCCAUCUAAGAACUGAUAAAGAAAAUGGCAUGCCCAUCGAUUAA